AUGCCGUCAUUGGUGGACCUUUCUUUUUUUUUACUUUUUUUUUUCUUUUUUUCUUUUUUUUUCUUAUUUUUCUUUUCUUUUGUUUUAUUUUUCUUUCCUUUUUUCUAUUUUCUCCUUUAUUUUUUCUUUCUUUACUCUUUUCAUUUUCUUUCCUUUUUUUCUUUCCUUUUUUUUCUCCUCUUUCAUCUUUUCUUUUUAUCUUCUUUUCUCCUCUUUUCUUUUUCUUUCCUCUUUUCUUUUUCUUUCCUCUUUUCUUUUAAUCCUCUUCACUUUUCUUUCCUUUCAUCUUUUUCUGCUCUUUCCUCUUUUCUUUUGUUUUCCUCUUUUCUUUCCUUUUCUCUUUUUUCCUCUUUUCUUUUACUUUCCUCUUUUCUCUUUUACUUUCCUCUUUUCUCUUUUCUUUUUCAUUCCACUUUUCUUUUCAUCUAUUUCCUUUCUAUUUUCUUUCCUUUUUUCUCUUUCACUUUUCUAUUUUCUUUUUUAUUUUUAUUUUCUAUUUUCUUUUUCUUUUCUUUCUUUUUUCUGUUUCACUUUUCUUUCUUUUUUCUUUGUCUCUAUUUUCUCAUUUUCUUUUCUCUAUUUUUCUUUCUUUUUCUCUUUUUCUUUUUUCUAUUUCUCUAUUUUCUCUAUUUUUUUCUUUCUUUUCUCUUUUUUCUUUUUCUCUUUUUCUUUUUUCUUUUUCUCUUUUUUUUUCUUUUUCUCUUUUUCUUUUUUCUUUUUCUCUUUUUCUUUCUUUUUUCUUCUCUUUUCUUUCUUUUUUCUUCUCUUUUCUUUCUUUUUUCUUCUCUUUUCUUUCUUUUUUCUUUUCUUUUUCUUUCUUUUUCUUCUCUUUUCUCUCUUUUCCCUCUUUUCUCUCUUUUUCCCUCUUUUCUCUCUUUUUCCCUCUUUUUUCUUUUUCCCUUUUUUUCUCUUAUUUCUUUUUAUUCGAUUCCUGUCGAAGGAUAUAUUUUCUAUGAAAUUUCUCGGACAUUCAUAUUACUCUCAUUCUUUUUUUGUCUUCGCUGUCCUCGUCUCUAUUUGUUUCUCUCUCUCUCUCUCUCUCUCUCUCUCUCUCUCUUAUUAUUUCUUUUUUCUAUUCCUUUCUUUCCUCUUCUCCCCCUCUCUCUCUCUCUCCGUUUCUUUCUACAAUCUCUUACCUUCUAUUCUUUUCCAUCUCACGUUUUUCCUUCAUCUUCUUAUAUGUUACUGCUUCUCUCUCUCUCUCUCUCUCUCUCUCUUGCAUUCACUCUAAUUCUAUCGAUUUCUUUCGUUCUUUCUCUCUUUCCCAUUCUCCCUCUCAUCUACUUAUUUUGUUUUUAUUUUUAUAUCUUUUUCUUUCUCAUAUCACAUUUGGGAUUCUCUCUCUCUCUCUCUCUCUCUCUCUCUCUCUCUCUCUCUCUCUCUCUCUCUCUCUCUCUCUGUCUUUCUUUCUCUUAUUUACUUUUUCUUCUUCUUUUCUCUCUUAGAGCUCUUUCUUCUCUCUUUAUUAUUUUUGUCAUUUUAUCCCCCUCCCUUUUUUCACUCUAUCGCUUUCUAUCUAACCUUUUCUCUAUCUCUGAGCUUACGGCCAUAUCACGAAAGGAAUCAAUCAACCAAUAUUCUCUCUCUCUCUCUCUCUCUCUCUCUCUCUCUCUCUCUCUCUCUGUCCUCACGCCCUCUCCUUCUGCAACCUAUUUCUUCUCUAUCCAUUUUCUCAUUCGUUUAUUUUUUUUUUUUUGUUUUAUUACGCAUUUUCUUGCUUUCUUUCUUUCUUUCUUUCUUCCUCUCGUCCUUUCUUUCUUCUUUUCUUUCUUUAUUCCUUUCUUUCGUUCUUUCUUUCGUCUCUCUCUCUUUCUCACUCUCUUUCUUUCUUUCUCUCCCUCUCUACCUCCAAUCAAUUUUUCUUUUCACUUUUUCAGCUGUGAACCUUUUUUAAUACUCCCUCCGUACAAUCUCAUCCCUUUUUUUACUCCUUUAUUUAUAUUUUACUUCUUUCGAUUUUACACCCUUUUCUUUUCUUUUAUUCACUUUUUGCUAUUUUCUCCUUACUUCCGUGUUACAUUGUUUCUUUCUUUCUUUCUCUCUUCUUUUUUACUUUCCUUCUUUCUUUCUCUCUAUCUCAUUCUUUCUUUCUUUCUUUUACCUACAUUCGGCUCCUUUUUUUUACAUCUUUCAUUUUACCUUUCACUUUCACUAAGUUUUUCAUGCCCUUCCUCUGCAUUUUCCCUUUCUUUAAUAUUCACUCCAUUCUUUUUUUUUCUUUCCUUCUUUCCCGUCCGCUUUCCACUAAUUCUUUCUUUCUUUCCUUCAAUAACGUUUCCUCUCAACACAUUUCUUUACUCUUUUCCUUUUUAUUAUUUCUCUCGCUUGUUUACAUUCGCUUUUUCUUUAUUCUCUCUCUCUCUCUCUCUUUCUAAAUUUCUAUUUCUUUCCUUCACUCUCUCUCCUUUCAAUAAUCUCUUCUUUACCAUUCUUGAAAAUCUUCUUGAGCUGUUCGUAGUUAUUCACAAGUUCAUGGAUAAAGGGAUAUUCGUUACUGUGGGAUGUAUUGUUUCCUCCAAGUUCGUUAUUCCUUACUACGCGACUCACUCGGGCAAGAACAUGAUGUUGACAGCCAAUGAACUGUGCUUCUUCCAGUUUCUUUUGAGAAAAUGGUCUUUGUAA